AUGAGGACAAAGGGGAAGGGGAAACCAAAGGCUAAAUCAGAGGAAAAGGAAGAAGAUGGUCAUCAGACAAUGAACAAAGACGGCAUAGAUGAUGCCGGGGAUGUAGGCGAGGAAGGUGAGGAGGAGGCAGAUCCAGGACUCGUGCCCGCACCCAAACAAAAAAGGAAUGAAAUCCAAAAUCAAAUGGAAGACACAAAUGACAACACGAGCCUUCAGGACGGAGACGACGAGAGAAGCACAGCCUUCGCCGACAAUGACGCCAGAGCCGGAGUUGUCGUCGGCACCACCGCCGCCGCCUCCGCCUACACCUGCACCUCCACCUCCGCCUCCGCCAACGCCAGCACCUAUGCCUAUGCCUCCGCCUCCGCCUCCGGAGAGCAACAAGCUCUCUCUCUCUCUCCCUCUCUCCCCUACACAGAACAAAAUAUCUGA